GAGUUCUUUUACAUAGGUUUCGGUAAAUUUGUGGUUCUCUGAAAUUCGCUAAACAAAAAAUAUCAGUUCGCCUCCGGACGUCCUCCAAAUCCGGCGAACCAAAGCCCUAGCGCCGCGCCCCGAAAUCGCCCGCCGCACUUAUCCGCCGACGUGUCGCCGCUCCACUUCACGCGCGGCGGCCGCCGUCGCUCCUGCUCGGUCGCACGUAAGCACUUCCAUAUCACGCGUAAAUACAUCCCUGAGGAAUACCAUCUGACCCGCAUUGGAACAAAGCCGAUCCAGCAAGAGACGCGCCAUGGCCGGGGACCCACGACUUCCCGGCGGCAUCGGCGGCGGCGGCGUCGACCGGAUCAGCGGCCUCACGGACGACCUGCUCGGGCACAUCCUGUCCUUCAUGCCCGUCCGGGACGCCGUGCGCUUGUCCGCGCUCUCCAGGCGGUGGCGGGGCGCCUGGGCCCACGCCCCCGUCCUCAACAUCUCCGAUGAGCUGCACCCCGACCGGUUCCUCGACUUCGCCGGCGCCGCGCUCGCGCGGUACGGCCAGCCCGACAUCCCGUCGCUCGACGUGACCAUCGGUCGCCGGUCCAGUCUCGGCCCCGCCACGGCCGCUUGGCUCCGCGGCGCCAUGGAGCACGUCGUCGGAUCUAUCCGCGUCAAGGUGGACCGGCACACCCCUGCGCUGGAUCAGCUGGUUCUGCCACGCAGCCUGCGAGCCAGGGCCAUGACCCUGGACUUGAGCGGCGAUGUCCUCUCCAAAGGUGUGCUCGUCCUCCCGGAGCCUGCCGAACCUGCCGCUUUCCGGCGGUUGACAGAGCUGAGCCUCUCCAGCGUGCGUCUGCAGGUGCAGGCAGACAGGCUUGGCGAGUUCUUGUCAUCGUGCUUCCCCCAGCUGAGGAAGUUGCGCCUUCGCAAAGUUUGCAAUGUGGCCGCGAAGCCGAGGCUGUGGCCACUGAUGCUCGACAUGGACAUGCUCGAGGAGCUGGAGGUCGACAGCAUCCACCAACUAUCGGUGCUGCAGGUGGUGGCUCCCAAACUCCGGCUGCUGACCGUGAGACACAGCUUCGAGAGUCUGGCGUUGCUCCGCGCCGACAUCGUGUUCAAGGUCUCCGCGCCUGGGCUGGAAGCGAUCAGCUGGACCGGCUGGUUCCCGAAGCAGCUGAACUUCCUACCCGACGCGCAAUGUGUCCGUCGACUGUCCGGCAUCAUUGUCGACUGGCCCAGCAUAUCGUGGGCUGACUACUGCUUGCCGGGUGUCGUGCAGUUGCUCGAGACAUGCUCUGGAGCUGACCGGCUAGAUCUUUCUGUCGACAUCUAUGAUGGAUGGAUUCCAUCCAUGGUAUCAAAACAGGACUUCAUGGAACGCAUGCCACACCUUCCCAACAUCAGGACACUUUCCCUGACGAUCGUCACGAUUCUUCGAUUUCUCCGCUCUCCAAUUGGUGAAAUUGUCUUUUGCUUCCUUAGGCGAUGCCCGAACCUAACUCUGCUUCACAUCGAUCUAUCGACGCUGCACCAGUUUACAAGGCAGGAUCCGCAUUAUCUUGUGUUUCCGGAUGAUGAUGCUGAAACUAAACCUGCAAAGCCAUGUCAAGACCGUGAAUACGAUCCGCCUAAAGCACACAAAUACCAAUUACAACUAGCUUCUCUUCGAAAGAUAAGAAUCAGUGGCUUUGCCGGAACGGAUGCUGAGAUGGAGCUCGCCGAUCUUCUUUUCGGAAUUGGAGCCGAGCGGUCGGCGCUCGAGAGGAUAUUUAUAUCAUCAUUUGCACAGCUGAAGGAUCGCAUUGGCAGGAUCGCCCAGAAGAUGAGGGCUCGGUUCCCUCUUGCAGGAGGGCGCUGGGAAACCUCCCCCUUGGAAGAGAUCACGUGGACGAAGAACAAUGACGGACUGGAAAGAUCAAAUGCUCUUAGAUCAACAAUCAUAACGUAGUUGCAGAUAUAUAUUGACCAAUGGAAUGUACUACGUAGCACCUAUGAUCAGUAGUUGGUGCUUCCUCUCAGUUUUGCUUAAAUUCAGAUUCUAUCUAUGCAUGUGACAUGUUGCAUUGUCUUGCAUAGAAAAUCUUGUGAAAUUCCUGUGCUGCAAGCAUGUACUCUUUCCGUUUCGAAAUAUUAGUUGACCUGUUGCGCCAAAUGACGCAG